AUGUUCCCAUUCGCAGCUGCACACCGCUUGCGCCUCGUAGCUGUUAACCAACGCGACUACCGCAAUUCGACUCCACUCUCUGAAGAGGACCUCGCACUGCUCCGCAGUGAGGACGAUGAUCGACGCACGGAGUACUUUCGCCGCAUCUCUGAGGAUGGUAAGGAGGAAGGCGAGAUCGUACUCGUCGGGUGGCCGUCUGGAAACACCGUCGUACGCCCAUUGUUCGCGUAUGCAUACGAAGCUCCAGAAGAUUUGAAGGACGCACUGGAACCGUACAUGCGCGCGUAUGGUCUAUACGAUGUCCCUCGCCGCCUGUGUGGCUUUCCGGAUAUCGCUGGCUUUUUCCGCCCUUUCCCCGACAAUUCCGAGUUGCCUCCAGCACAACAACUCGCCAGUUUCGAGACAUGGAUGUCAGGCUACUACAGCCACCCCUAUGUCAUGUCUCGCGACCUUAAAUGCUUAAUGCAACAGCUCCAGAUGAAUGUCGCGCUUGGAAAGCCACCCACGUUGUGCACGAUGACGCCGGAAGACAAGAUGGCCGUCAUGGACCCUGCGGCAGUCCAGGACCACGAGAUGUUCAUCAACUCGAUGCCACACGAUGUCUAUUUGCGCGGCAUUUUGGGUAAAUGCGUGACGGGCGCUUGGGAUCUCGCCGACUCGUAUGAUGAGAAGGCGAAGGGAGAGGUCACCCGCGCCAUGAUCACCACAUCGUCUAGGGCAAAUCAUUUCAUUCACUGGGACGAGCCAGAGAAAGUCGCGUCAGUUUUCGCCAACUUUUUAUGA